AUGAAGAGCUUGUCAAUUCCUCUUAUCCGGAACCUCAUCCCGAGUGUAAGUUUGAACAAAAUAAAUGGUACGCAUUUAUUGAAACACCUGGAAAAUGUGUGUGAGCAUAUAGCCCUGGUGGAGAGGUACACCAAGGGAAAGUCCACACGAAGGAGACACAUCAGUAGGCAAGUCAGUAGGCAGGUCAGUAGGCAGGUCAGUAGGCAGGUCAGUAGGCAAGUCAGUAGGCAGGUCAGUAGGCAAGUCAGUAGGCAGGUCAGUAGGCACUUUAAAAACGUAGAAAGAAACAAGGGGGAAGAAGACAUCUCCACCAACGGGACAAUAGGAAGGAGUAAAUUAUUCAACCAAGUGGAUGAUCAGUUUGAUAAGGCUGUGGUUCUUCUGCCUGAGUUUGGUCCGAGUGGAAUCAUUAGAUUACUGCAUGCUCUCCAAAAAAUAAAAUAUGAAAAAAAAAAGAGAAAAAAAAAUAACAUCCUUAAACGGAUUGAGUACUACCUACUGCAAGGUUCUGUGAAUGACACGCUAUACAACUUUUGGAGCCAUCUAAAGAUAAAUGAUGCUAUCCUCUUGUUUAGAAUGCUUAUAAAGAACAACUAUUUUGACCCAGUCCUUCUUUGCAAACUUAUGGAACAGGUGGUGUACAAUAUGGAUUUGUGUGUAUCCUCUGACGUGGUACUUUUCCUACGUUCCUAUCAUAUAUACCGAUGCAAAAUAAAGAGGAUUAAAAAAUGGAAGUGGAAAGAAAUUUCCCUGUCGGACGACUCCCAAAGGAACCUCCUCCACAUCAUUGUUCGAAAUAACUUCGACCUUACACAUAAGGAGAUGUGUACCUUUUUCUCUCUUUUUUCUAUAUAUGGUCGUGUUCUGCCUUUCGCUGAACGAUGGCAAAUUUAUAGCAAGUCCAUUGAAUAUGUACAGAGGACCCAGCUAGCCUAUUCCCCAAGAGAUUUAAGAAAUUUCAUACUAAGCCUCUUUAGGAUUAACUUUUUCCUGCUUGAUGGGGCAUGUGUACAGAAGAAUAAUGAUGACUCCCCCAUGGGGGUGAUCCCUCAUGUAGGGAUAAAUGUUCCUGUGGAGAGAUUAUCCUUGAUUAAGCCCAUUUUGCGAAAGUUAUUUCACCUUUACAACAACCACAAUACCGACGUUCGAGUGGAAGACGAGUUGCGAAUCCUCGAGAGCGCUGUACGUAGUAACUAUUACCAUUAUGAUAGCCUCGAGAAUAUUCUCUUCCACAUAAAGAAUAACAUUUCCCAGUUGAAUCUUUCAGAUGGAGUAAAAUUUGUGCGUUUGGUUAGGAAGAUGCGGAAUGCACAAUCUACCGAUGGGGUGGUCCAUACAGAUCCGUCAGCGUCAAACACGGAGACAAAAUUUGUUUGCCAUAUGCUGGAUCAAAUUUUAUCCAAGUGCGCCGAGGUAUUAAAGGCCCGGUAUAAGUACCCUGUGCGGAAAAUUAGGGUCGUCCUCUCACUUGACCGUUUAGUGGCAGUGGAGGGGAAACCAAACAACGAAUUGACAAUUUUGCAUUCCUAG